CUAUUUGGUUAUUUUAACAGCUGAUAUGCCAAUUAGUAAGUGGUCAAAGCAUAAAUGCGAAUUGUGAUUUGUUUUGAUUAGAAAACUAGCUUUUGCAAGUGAAAUAUUGUGUCUAGGAUUCGCAGGAUUCAUAGGAUUUCGUGAAAUAUGACGGAUGAAGUGAAGAAAUAUUUCAAUGGUCUACUACAUAAGGUCAAUGGUCUCUAUAUAAUACAAGUUACAGACAGAGAUGGAGUGCCACUGCUACGAGUAAGUCAGGAUAAGAAUGUUGACUUCGCGCUUAUGCCUUCCUUCAUACCCACUUUUGCAACAGCCAGUGAACAAGCAGGAAAAUUGGGUUUGGGGCGUAACAAAGUAAUUAUAUCGAUGUAUUCCAAUUAUCAGGUAGUGCAAAUGAACAAAUUGCCACUGAUUCUUACUUUUGUUGGUGGUGAGCACUGUAAUACAGGCCACAUUUUAGCUCUAGAACACCAAUUAGAUGCACACUUAGAGGACAUUAAAUUGGCCGUAAAUGAAGCGUAAUCAUAUUUGAACUUUUUCACUUUUCUAAAAGCAUAUAUGUACAUACAUUCGAUACAUUAUGAUAUAUAUUUUUCAAUCUACUCUUGAUAUAUAA